GGCUCCUGGGUGUCAGUGCAAACGACGCUUUGACCUAUUCUGCGAUCAUUGCUGUCGUCCUCGUCCACGUGGUUUUGGGUAUCUGGCUCUUCGCUGCUACCAAACAAGAAGAUCGCAAGAAGCGUGAAAACAAGCAAGACUAGAAGACACAAUGCAAACCGACAUUCAUGAUGAACCAGUAAACUUGGGAUUCGGAGUUCAAUUCGAGCCAGAUGAUCUGUAUCGUCUACGUUCGCAAUUUCUUCCACUCGGAAAAAUAGGAGGAAAACCGUCAUGGUUGAAUCCAAAAAAUCUUCCAAAAUCCGCAGAUUUGUUGUGCAACGUCUGCGAGAAACCACUGUGUUUCCUGAUGCAAGUAUCAGCAAAUGGAGGUAUAAAUGAUCCUCCACACGCUUUUCAUCGUUCUCUAUUUCUCUUCGUUUGCCGUAAUCCAUCCUGCUCUCGUACAAAUGAUGCCGCAAAUCUGAAAGCCUUCCGAUGCCAACUUCCACGUGCCAAUGAUUAUUAUUCAUUUGAUGGACCAAUGGAUCCUGAUUUGGAUGGAGAUGUUGCUGAUCCACGUGCACCGGCUGAUGGACCCGGAUUGUGUCGAAUCUGUGGAUGUUCCGCUGCGAAAAAAUGUGCCAAGUGCCAAGUGGCGAGAUAUUGCUCUCAAGCUCAUCAAGUCAUCGACUGGCCUGCUCACAAGCUCGAAUGUGCUAAAGCGGCAACAGAUGGCUCCAUAACGGAUGAACCGAAAAAUCCAAGAAAUGCGUUUUGUUUCAAAGAAUUCGGUGUAGAAAUUGAUCAGGAAUAUAUGCCAGCAAAUCUGUUUGACGGACUUAGUGAUGAUGAAGGCGAUGAGGAAGAGGAAGAAGGAAAUGAUGAGGAUGAGACUGAAGAGGAGAAGAAAGCAAGAAUCAGAGAAUUUGAGAAAUUUGUCAAGGAGAACAAAGGGAAAAACGCUGACAUGACAAAGGAAGAUUUGGAUGAAGCCACCGCCGAGCAACCAAAAGAUAUCGAUUUUGAUAAAUUCAACCGUCUUGUCAAUUUGCAACCCGAUCAGAUUAUUAGAUACAAGAGAUACGGACAGCCACUCCGUGCAACUGGCCUUUCUGAAUUGCCAGAAGUUGUGGAACCAUGUGAACUUUGUGGAGCUCCUCGUCGUUUCGAAAUGCAGCUUAUGCCACAUCUCUUGUCGCUCAUCGAUGUAGAUGCUAUUGGUCAAUCUAUCGACUGGGCUUCCGUGUACGUGUACACUUGCUCCGCGAGUUGCCAGAUCGCUGAUGAUGGUUAUGCGAAGGAAUUUGUCGCCAAGCAAGAUUUCCUUUAAUUUUUUUCCUCGUUAUUUCUCUUGUUCGCAAUUUGUUGUUUUUCUUGUUUGUGUUGUUCUAAUAAAUUUUGCAUUUU